ACCACCACGGCUCUCUAUAAAAUACCGGCGCCGAAGGGACCAGUAAGAUCAUCACCGCAUCACAUUGCAAUCUCAUUUCCAUUGACAUUUUUCCUUGAGAAGAAGUAGCAAGAGGCAUCACCAUGUCGGGCAUCAUCCACAAGAUCGAGGAGAAGCUCCACAUGGGGGGCGACCACAAGAAGGAGGAGCACAAGAAGGCAGAGGAGCACCACAAGAAGGAGGGGGAGCACAAGGAGGGCAUCGUGGAGAAGAUCAAGAACAAGGUCACCGGCAAGCACGGCGAGAAGUCCAGCGAGCACAAGGACAAGGACCAUAAGAAGAAAAAGGACAAGAAGAAGAAGGAGAAGAAGCACGGCGAGGGCCACCACCACGGCGGCGGCAGCAGCAGCAGCGACAGCGAUUGAUCGGGCCGCCGCGCCGUGCGCCAUGCUUGCAUCAUACAGGUGAAUCAGAUGCUUGGAGGAGUACGUACCAGAUGCUGAUGUAAUGUUUCAUGAGUUUCACGCAUGUGUGCUAAUCAAGGGAAAAAAAAUAGCAGAGACGGCAUGGUUUGCCAAUGUGACGUGUACUACUAUUGAUGGCUGCAUGGUGCUAGUUUGUAAUAAAACGUUUACGCUGAAA